AUGGGACUUAUAAGUCUUUUCGGUGUUGCUGAUUUCGUCGUCUUCUUCAUUACAGUGGGUGUGUGUCUUAUAAUUGGUAUAGUUUUUGCAAUUUUGGAAAGGAAGAGAAACACAAAGAUCAACUAUUUCCUAGCAAAUAGAAAUUACAGAACUUUACCUGUUGCUCUGUCGUUUGUUGUAACAUUUCUGUCUUCUUUGAGCAUGCUUGGGUUUCCAGCUGAGGCAUAUGUCUAUGGAAUUGGGAUUGCAUAUUUCGCAGUUGGAAUACUCACUGCUUACUCUUUCAAUGCGAUCUUCAUUGUCCCGGUUUUACAUCCACUUAAGUUAACAAGUGUUUAUGGAUAUUUUAAACUUCGGUAUGGAAAUAACGUGCUAAGGUACAUGACACUUAUCACUGGAAUUAUCUACAAUUUAUUCUAUAUGGCAAUAAUCACAGUUGGGACAUGUAUCGCCAUAGAAGUUGUGAUUGGAAUUCCGUUUUGGGGUACACUUCUCAUCUACACAGUUCUAACAUCUAUAUAUACUUCAGUUGGAGGAAUAAAAGCCGUUAUUUGGACUGAUGUUUUCCAGUUUGUGGUCAUUUUGAGUGGAAUCAUUGCCAUCAUAGUUAAGUCAAGUAUCGAUGCCGGUGGGUCAGCUAGGGUGUCCGAAUAUUCGCAUGAACGCCUGAAGACAGAUUUUAGUUUUGACCCGACAAUCCGUUUUCAAUUUUGGAAUGUGUCGUUCGGAACAUUUAGCACAAUGUUGUACUUAACCUUAACACAGCAAGCAAUGCAAAGGGUAUUUUUAAAUCCGACAGUGAAGAAAGCGAGGAUCAUGUAUCUAAUUUGUUCCCCAAUCUUUGCUAUUAUCAUAGUAAUGGUGACAUACCAGGGAGCAAGUGUUUUUGCUUACUUUGUUGCAAAAGGCUGUGAUAUACUUGAGGCAGGACUAGUUAAAAAUGUGAACGCAAUUAUACCAUUUGCUAUAAUAAUAUUAUUCAAACAUCAAGCCGGUUUAGCAGGAUUGUUCACAGCUGCGUUAUCAAGUGCAGCACUUAGCACACUGUCUUCUUGCCUCAAUGGUUUGUCUGCUGUUACAUAUGAAGAUAUAAUAAAGGUGAAAUUUCCAGAAAUGCACACGCAUCAGGCAACCAGAAUAUCAAAAGUCAUUGUUUUGUUGUACGGUUUAGUUACUAUGGGACUGGCAUUCGUAAUUUCUCAUAUUCCAGGAUCGAUUGCUUCGAUUUUCUUUAGCUUCAUGGCUUGCAUGGACGGACCGAUAUGUUCAGUAUUUUUACUGUCAAUAUUUUAUCGUAGAGCUACAACAAAAGGGCUUGUUACAGGUGCGUUUUGUGGAAUGGUCAUAUCCUUCUGGUUGAACAUGGGCAGCAAGUUUUCUAAUGUUCCACCUUUUCCACGUCUUCCUGCCGGUCCAACAAACCAGUGUCAUAAGUAUUCAGACCAAUUCCUAUCAUAUGCAAAUAAUUCCGAAAACUUCAAUUACACAUCUUUUCAUACGGGCAAUUUGACCAAGUCUCCGGUUUUCUCUAUGCCAUUAUCAACGACAACUAUCAUGUUUUCUAAUGAAGCCGAUGAAUUUACAUUUCUACAGAAAAUAUACAGCAUCUCUUACAUACUGUUUUCAUUGAUUGGUUUGAUGACGUCACUUCUGAUAGGGAUCAUUGUCAGUCUAUUUACAAAUCCACCAAAGCAGUACAACGAACGUUGUUUGUUUUCAUUUAGAACACAUGUUAUUGAGACAUUUUGUGGAGAUCAUGGGUUAAAAGCGGAAGAGAAAAUGAACACAAAGGCAGAAUAUGAUGAGCAUGAAGUAACAAAAUUCAUGCAAAAGGAUGACGAGUUGUGA